CUUGAAAGCCGUAUUUGAGUAACAAGGUCACUUGGCCGUCCUGGCUGCAAAAAUUAACAUGUCGAAAAUGUCGAAUGUUGCCAGGCUACUCCGUGUUCAGUUCUACCCGUCAGUCAAGCCAUGCAUCUCACAAUUUACGUCUGUACAAUCGUUAACAAUGUCACAUCGUUCCUUUAGUUCAGUGAGUAAUGGUUCUGUCACCCCAUCAGAUAAGCGGGAAGACCUUCCGUCAACUAGUGUAACUGAAAAAGCAAAACAAGCAACCAAAGAUUUUGGAUAUUUUAUUAUAGUUCUUGGCGGCUUUGCGCUUACUGGCUCCAUCUUGUAUGCAAUAAUACACGAACUUUUUUCUUCGAAAAGCCCGAAUGGUGUUUAUUAUGAUGCCUUCAAAAUAUGUAAGACUGACAGUCGAGUACUAGAUCUUUUUGGGAGUUCGCUCAAGGCUUAUACUAGCUACAAAAAUCGUGGUAGAAGACGAAAUAUUGACUGCGAUUCAUGGUAUGAUGGUGAGGGUCGACUUCAUAUGGCAAUGAAAUUUUACCUUGAAGGCAAUUUGGCAUCUGGUGUAGUUCAUCUCGAGGUUGUGGAAAAUGAUUCUAAAGAAUUCGAUUAUGAAUAUCUAAUUGUGGAAACAGAAGGUGGUUUCUCAAAAAAGCAAAUUGUACUUCGUCCCAUUUCGAAAGGCGAUCAAUGAUAAAACUCACUAGAAAAAAAUGCUUUUGAUAUUAUUCUGCACACAUGUAUAAUUUAUAAAUAUUUAGCCUAUAUAAAAUGUUUUAUUCAUAUUUUACAA